GCCAACGUGUACGCAUCUUCGCGUUUUAGCAGAAAUAAAAGUAUAUAUUGCACAUUUUCUAUAUUAGAGUUUGAACAUAUAAGAUAUAUUCUAUAUGACUUCACCAAAGCCAAAACGUAUUAAGUUGACCAUAGUGGGAGAUGGUUCAACCGGAAAAACCUGUUUACUGAUGGUCUUUAAAGAUGAAGAGUUUCCUUCGGACUAUGUGCCGACAGUAUUUGAGAACUACGUGAAGUACUUAACAUACGACAGCAAGCCUAUCGAGCUCGUACUAUGGGAUACCGCUGGCCAGGAAGAUUACGACAGUAUACGACCUUUGUCCUACCCGGAUACCGAUGUCAUCCUGCUUUGUUACUCCAUGGAUAUACGCGAGAGUUUCGACAACAUUGAAACAAAAUGGCACACAGAAUUGAAAUGGUACUGUCCCAAAGUACCUGUGAUAUUAGUAGGCUUGAAAAAGGACUUGCGUAGCGAGGCAGCCAGACAUUCGGACAUUGAAAACGCAAAUGAGACUGAUUUCGUUUCCUUCGAGGAAGGGAAAAAGAUGGCAGAGAAAAUUGGAGCGGCUGAUUUUCUGGAGUGUUCAUCUUUAAAAGGCGAAGGAGUAAAUGAAGUUUUUGAAAGCGCCAUUAAAAACACUUUGAACGGCAGGAAGAAGAUGAGUUACCGACUUCGGAAAUACAUCUGCUUUAUUCCUGCCUAAAACUAGUUUGACAAAACUGGAAAAGGUAGUUUUAACCGGGCUACUGCGAACAGAUCUAGCGACGGAUUAAAGUUAAUCUUUAAUCUCUACGAUUCGCUCACAAGGCCUAAUUAUUCAUAUUUAAUAACGUGCUGGAAACAUGAACAUGACUUGGUGACGUAGCUUUUGAAACUCGCUGCUUAUUUAAUGAUAGAAAUUGUAUAUAUUAUAUAGUCUAAGUGAAGGUUAUUAAUGUAAAAAAUGAAGUAAGUUAAAUAUACAAAUAUAAAU